AUGAAUAAAAAAUUGGUGGGUUGUAGUGGUAGUAGUAGGUCUUGGCGUAUUUUACAACUGGCUUUAAGCACUAAUGAGAAUGUUGAAAUCAAAGAUUUCAAUAUAAGUGAUGAUGAUGAUUCAGUGAAAGAUUUAACAUAUAUUCCAACUGAAACUGAUUUAGAGAGUGAUUCUGAUGAAGAACUACAACAUGAUGAGAGAUUUAAUGCACCAAAUGUGUCUUUGAAACCAAGUUUACAACCUUUUCAAGACAAAAACGAUGAAAGUGACGAUAAUUUACCCCUGUCUGUGAUUAAAGAAAAGGAUAUAAUCAGAACUAUUUUAACGGAAGUUGUAGAAAAAGUAGUAGGCGUAGAACGACAACUAAAUUUCACAAAAAAAGGAGCUGUAAGAAAACGAAAAAGGUAUGAUAUACCCCUUAAAGAUAGGAAGAAAAUGAAACUUAUAAAGAUCGUUGAUAAGCAUGAUUUAAAAGAAAACUGCAACGAAAACUGCAAGAAAUUAUGCCAAAAAAACAUAAACAGGGACAGACAAAAAUACAUUAACACAGAGUACUGGAAAUUAAAUAAGCAGGAACAAAAAAGUUUUAUAUUUAGUAAAGUUGAAAAAACGGCAUGUAAAAGGAGAACUACUACACCUAAUGUUGGGACUGCAGAAGGUUCGAGAAGAAAUUUUACUUUAAAAUAUUUCUUAGCAGAUCAAGAAGGAAAGAACCAUGCAGUUUGUAAGAAAUUUUUUUUGGCCACAGUUGGCUAUGAUCUCAAGAAUGAUAAACUUUUGAGGCACAUAUGUGAAGACACUUCAUCCCUUAAACCAAAAAUCGAUAACCGUGGACAAUUUAAAAGAGCAAAUAAAGUUAAUACAGAUAUUAUAAGAGACCAUAUCCAGACUUUUAACCCAAGCAUUCAUCAUUAUCGGAGAGAACACGCCCCUCUAAGAUUAUAUCUGCCAACUGAUAUUAAUAUAAAAAUGAUGUAUGACGAUUUCAAAUUAAAACAUGGGAUGAACAUAUCAUAUGAAUUAUAUCGCAAAGAGGUUGCAGCAAUGAACAUUUCAUUUACUAAACUAGGACAUGAAGAAUGUUUCGCUUGUGAAACGUUUUCUUUGCAUUCUAAAGCCACAGGACAUACCAAAGAAACCGCAGAAGACACUUGUCAAGAAUGUACAACAUGGAAAGAGCCCCAACAAAAAUAUCGGGAAGCACGUAAAGAGUACGCAAAGGAUGGCGCUAAAGAGGAUGAAUUAUGUUUCUCUGCAGACCUACAAAAGGUCAUUAUGCUUCCAAGGUGUGACAUGUUUAAAGAAGUCAUAUUUAUCCCCCGAAUAAUUGUUUUUAAUGAAACGUUCGUACCAGUUGGAAAAAAGACAUCAGGACCAGAAAAUUAUCCCUAUGCUUUUGUUUGGCACGAAGCAAUUUCUGGCCGCAGCAAAGAUGACCUUGUAUCAAUUUUUUAUAACUUUCUCUUAUGUUUAAGAGAUGCGAAGCACAUCACAGUUUGGUUAGAUAACUGUGCUGCUCAGAACAAAAAUUGGUCACUUUUUUCAUUUUUCGUUUAUAUUAUCAAUUCGAGCUUGCUUAAUCUACAAACUUUAGACAUAAAGUAUUUCCAAAGUGGCCAUACAUUCAUGUCAAGUGAUUCUUUUCAUCACCAAAUUGAACUAAGCCUGAAAAAACGAAAGAAAGUAUACGAUUUUCAGGAUUUCUUGGACUGCGUAAAAUCCUCUAAUUCUAAAAAAGUUAAUCUUAAGGAGGUUAAGCUGGAUGGUUUUUAUACUUUCACAGAUUACACAUCUCAGCAAACUUUGAAAAAAAUUGUGCCUAGACCUUAUCUUAGUGAUAUGGUAUUUGUUCGCUUCAACAAAGGAGAAAAACAUCUCCAAUAUAAAACUUCAUUUCAUGGAGAUUUUAUAGAUUUGAAGUUUUUAAUGGCAAAAUAUUAUAAAUGUUCCACUUUACCUGGCCCGGCGGUAAAAGAAAAGGAAAGAGGAAUCACCUCGGAAAGAAAAAAUAAUAUUAUUAAUAAAUUGGCUGAUAUAAUUCCCGAAAAUAGAAUGGCAUUUUGGCGAAACCUUGCUGAAACUAAUGAUGAAACAGAUUAG